AUGUCCCAUAUUCCGGCAACUUUCAAGCCUGCGCUCAUCCUCCAUGGAGGUGCUGGUAAUAUCCAACGCGCUAAGCUCCCGCCAGAUCUCUACGCCAAACAUCACGCCUCCCUCCAGUCCUACCUCCACUCGACCCAUACCCUCCUCAAAGAGGGUGCCUCCGCUCUCGAUGCCGCCGUCCACGCCGUAUCCCUCAUGGAAGAUGACGAACUUUUCAAUUGCGGACGUGGCAGCGUCUUCACUACAGCGGGCACAAUCGAAAUGGAGGCUUCCAUCAUGGUUACAACGGUCCAAGACCCCGAUCAGAACCGACCCGGCGAAAUGAAGAAAGCUGCAGCUGUCAUGAACGUCAGGAACGUGCGACAUCCAAUCCAACUCGCGCGGGAGUCCCUCUUACGAACCGGCUAUACACCCGAUGGGAAACCCAAGCACGGCGGUGGUAGUAUGCACCCCCAGCUGGCCGGGCCUCAUGUUGAGACUCUUGCUCGAGAGUGGGGUCUUGAAUUCAAGCCUGACGAAUGGUUCUGGACACAGCGUCGCUGGGAUGAGCAUCGGCGUGGACUUGAAGGGAAAGAAGAACCUAUAUCUUUGAGUCAGGGUACAGUUGGAUGUGUCUGUCUUGAUCAAUGGGGCAAUUUGGCUGUUGCUACUAGCACUGGCGGGAAGACGAAUAAACUUCCCGGUCGCAUUGGGGAUACCCCAACUCUUGGUGCAGGGUUUUGGGCUGAUGCCUGGGAUGCAAGUUUCCCGGGGCACCCAAUUACUCCAGAGGCCGCGUCUACUAUAGCCUCGAACGGAAAGGCCGGUGUACCAAAUCCCUCGGUCUUGUGUAUCGGCGACCGUCAAACCGGCUCCAUUGCUAGCAAACCUGACUUCUGGGCGGACCUGAAAGAUAGCUUGCGGAGCUGCCUGUCUCCACGUCCCAAAAGUCAGAGCCCUGACCCUCCAGCCUAUUCACCUCGCCCAUCUAGCACACAUGCAAGUACGUUACGUCAGGCACCAGAAAAGCCAUUCCACAUGCAGCAUUCUUGCCGCGAGUUCAUUCAAGACAUAAACACAACUAGCCCAAGAAAAGCCAUCGCCAUCUCCGGCACUGGAGAUGGUGACGCGUUUCUCCGACUAGCAGCCGCACACUCCGUUGCCUCGCUAUCUCGGCUGCAAAGCCUCUCCCUCGGCCAGGCUGUCAAGUCCGUGGCUGGUCCUCAAGGUGCACUGCAGAAAUCUGCUGGGCCUCGAUGGGGAGUCACGGGUGAAGGCGAGGGCGGGUUUAUUGGGAUUGAGGUUGACACAGCGUGUGCUGUUUGUUCGACUGGGAGGCGGGGAAAGCUACGCCGGGGCAAUGUGAUCUUUGACUUUAAUUGUGGUGGGAUGUGGCGUGCCUGGGUUGAGCGUGGUCGGGAUGGAGAGGACGUUGAGAGGAUUAUGGUCUUUAGGGAGGAGUAUGAAUAG